AUGAUUAGACAAACGGAAAUCAACCAUUUACUGUACUUUAGAUCACUUUUUAAUCAAUAUUUAGUUGAUAUGUACGCUAAAAUUGAAACAGAGCGCUUACAUUUUAUUAAAAACAAUCAAAUGCAACUCAGAGCUGAUAAUUACAUACAUCUCAGAGAUGCUAUUGGGAGACAAGAAACUGAUCUUACCCAUCUUGGUCAGAUGGUAGUUCUUCCGUCAUCUUUUACUGGCUCACCACGGUAUAUGGAUGAAAAAACUCAGAACGCCAUGACAUACGUUCGUCAUUACGGUCGUCCUGAUUUAUUCAUAACUUUUACAUGUAAUCCUCGAUGGAAAGAAGUUUCAAAUGCAUUACUUUCUGAACAAAAGUCCUACGAUCGUCAUGAUAUUAUAGCUAGGAUAUUUCAUUUAAAAGUUAAGACGUUAAUGAAAUUGUUAACAAAAGGGAAUUUGUUUGGGGAAGUGCAAUAUUUUAUGUAUUCGGCCGAAUGGCAAAAACGUGGUUUACCACACAUACAUAUUUUGUUAUGGCUAAAACAGCGCAUUUCUCCAGAUAAAUUAGAUUGUAUCAUUAGUGCGGAAAUACCUGAUCCUGAAAAAGAUUCUCUCCUUUACGAUAUUAUCAAAGCCAAUAUGAUCCGUGGGCCUUGCGGUAAUUCAAACAAUAGAUCACCCUGUAUGGAGUCAGGUAGCUGUAGUAAGAAGUAUCCUAGACCUUUCAUUCAAGAAACACAGACAGGAGACGACGGGUAUCCAAAGUAUAGGCUAAGAGCUCCAGAAAAUGGUGGUUUUACUGUUGAAAUAAAUGGUAAUACACUUGAUAAUCGUUGGAUAGUACCGUAUAACACAGUGCUUUCACGAAGUGAUCAAGCAGCAUUUGGUUUUGAAAAUGAUAAUGAUGAAGUCAAGCUUUAUGAAAGUGGUCGAUAUAUCAGCAGCUCUGAGGCUGUAUGGAGAAUUCUGGCUUUUCCUAUCCACGAGGGAUUUCCAACAGUCUUCCAUCUUUCCGUGCAUUUAGAAAAUGGCCAGCGUGUUUAUUUCAACCCUAAUGACUCCAGUCGUUUAACAGACAUGAUUAACAAUCCACCAAAAACUACUCUUUUAGCAUUUUUCGACUUAUGUAAAACAGAUGAUUUUGCAAAAACACUUCUUUAUGUUGAUGUUCCCUCUUACUAUGUAUGGAAAAAUAAUAGAUUCGAGAGAAGAAAACGUGGAAUUAACGUAAAUGGUUGGCCGGGAAUAAAACGAGAUCAAGCUCUGGGUAGAGUAUAUACCAUUCACCCUAAUAAUACCGAGUGUUACUAUCUUCGCCUUUUACUUCAUGAAGUCCAAGGUCCUACAUCUUUUUUGAAAUUGAAAACUGUUAACGGCACAAUUCAACUUACUUAUCAGACAGCGUGUAAGGCUCUAGGCUUACUGGAAGACGAAAGGCACUGGGAUACAACUAUGGAAGAAGCUGUGCUUUGUGGUUCUCCAUUUAAAUUACGGGAACUUUUUGCAAUUAUGUUGAUAUUUUGUAAAUUGUCAGAUGCUUUAAGUCUUUGGGAAAAAUACAAGGACAGUCUUUCAGGAGAUAUACGACAUCGAGUGGAGUUGGAUAUACAACCCGAGAAUGUGAAUUCAAUUAUUAAUGAAGUAUACAAUAAAUGCUUAGUUACUCUUGAAGAUACUGUUCUAUCUCUGGGAGGUACAUCUUUGCAACAUUAUGGUUUACCUCAGCCAUCAAGAUGUAAAGCAGUCUUACAAAAUAAAGAUUACCUUCGAGAGAUCAAUUAUGAUUCGAAUAUUUUGGCACAGUAUAUACAUUUUAAUGAACAUUUACUAAAUAAUGAACAGUCCUAUGUAUAUAACAAAAUAUUAGAGGGCAUUGAAAAGAACACUGGCCAAACAUUUUUCUUAGACGCACCUGGAGGCACUGGUAAAAGCAGCCUGUAA